AUGUCAUCGACGAACGACGCACUUUCCUAUUUGGUGGGUCUAGCAAACGCGAAAGCUGCUGCUUCUUCUGGUACUGCGUCAGAGAAAUGGGAUUCCCAACACGAUCAGCAAAAUACGCACGAUUCAAGCCUGGCCAAUGUGAUUUACUUUGACGAAAGAUAUGACGAUGGGAUCCCUGUAUCGCAAGAGGAGCUCAACCGCCAAAGGCAGAUGCAGCGUGAAUUAGGGAAGCUACAAUUCGUGAACCCAGGUGGAUUAAUGACGCAGCCGACGAAUACUCGUCGUUCGAGACGGAAGAUAAAUGCUCGAGCUGUUGCAGAAGAUAAAGAGCCAACCCAAGAGAAACGGCACAUCUUUCAUGAUAAGAAAGGGAAGCUUAUAGUCCCUGGUGAAGAAAGCAUAACAUUAUGUGAUUGCUUGAUUCCGGAAUGUCACGGUUGCCAUUGGCCUUGCGCAAAUUGCGGAGGUCGUUUAUGCGGUCCAGUGUGUCAACAGAAUCGCAAGAAAUUUGUCUCAUGUGUGAAGGUGCUCGGCGUCACUCCUGAAGUAAUGGUUAACAAUCCUUACGUUAAAUUGAAUUAA